CAAGUCGACAUUCGUUGUAGGGAGUAAGUAGCGUCUAGUUCGCGCAUUCAGAUCACCGCGUUGAGCUAUGUUGUGGGUUCAGUUAGUGGUUAUAAGCGUGACGGGGUUCGCCGUCAGGGGCCAAGACCCAACGGAAGUGUUUGGCGUUACCUACGAAUGGAACAAACUUGAUUUCACGUGGCCUGAUGAUUCUUUUAAGGCUAGAUUUCUAGACUCUUCGCAAUUUAUACCUGAAAAUACAACAAUCUCAGGUGUUAAAGUCUGGAGGGAUAGACUGUAUGUGACUCUUCCUCGCUGGCGUCGCGGUGUUCCUGUGACUUUGGCUUCUGUUCCGCUCCCAACGGCGGGACGCUAUCUCAACACAUCUCCCAAGUUGGAACCGUUCCCAUCGUGGGAGAUGCAGCAUGUGGGGAACUGCUCGGCCCUCCAGAAUGUACAAAAUGUUGAGAUACACCCGGAUGGAUACAUGUGGGUCAUCGACUCUGGAAGAGUUGACACACUAUCACAACAUCCUGACAGCCGGUGUGCUCCUAAAAUCUUCGUCUUCGACCUCAGUUCUGGGACUUCGUCCUCUCCAGGGUACAACUCAUAUGACACGGACCACAGACAUGAGAAUACGGAACGCAAUCAUCAAACAACAGGUUACUACCAGGGGGGGUAUAACCCUUCUAGUGACCUUCAGGGUAGAUACAAUCCCCCGGGUGGAAACCAAGGUGGAUACAACCCAUCGAGCGGCCAUCAUGAUACGUAUAAUUAUCCCAGAACCAGUCACGAUGGAUACAAUCCUCCGAGUGGUAAUCGUGAUGGAUACAACCCUCCGAGUGGCCACUAUGAUCGAUACAAUCCUCCGAGUGGCAACCAAGGCGGAUACAAUGCUCCGGGUGACAAUCACGGUGCAAACCAUUCCCCUAGGAGCUAUAACGGUAAUUACAACAGGCCUGGUGUUAUUGUUAGGGAAGUAACAUUUCCUGACUCAGUGAUUUCUCGGGACACCUACUUGGAAGACAUCGUCCUAGACACCGAUGGCUCCGGUUAUACUUACAUCAGUGAUUCAAGUGAGAACGACCCAGGCCUCAUAGUGUACAGCUGGAAGGAAAAUCGUUCAUGGAAAGUCCGCGACGGGAGGUCCAUGAGAGCAGAUCCCGGUGUCAGAAGUUUAUCUAUUAACGGAGUGUAUGUAGAUAUAAACAGGAAUAUCGCUGGCCUCGCCUUGUCUCCAGUUUCAGACAGCGGUCAAAGGCGUCUGUACUACUCGCCCCUCGGUAGCUACUCGCUUUUCUCUAUCCCUACGUCCGUAUUGAGGGAUGAAACCCACGCUGUAGGAGAUGUAUCAGGGUAUGUUAAGACCCAUGGUCGUAAGAGAUCUAUCAGCCAGGGCAUGGUAAUGGACUCACACGGGGUUCUGUACUACGGGCUAUUAGGGGAGAACGCUAUUACCAAAUGGGACACCAAUCUACCCUUUGAAGGGAACCAACAUAAAAUUGCUCAAGACAACAAUCUACUCCAGUGGCCCGCCAGCUUUGGUUUCGACUCUCAACUGAGGAAUCUGACAGUUGUUUCGAACAGGCUUCAGAACUUCUUAUCAGGACGAGUUCAUCUCAACGAGCCGAAUUUCAGAAUCAUCACCGCAUUCACCGGCACCAAAUCAUACCUGUAUCCGAGAACAGGGAUUGAUUACGCCACGUCUUCGCACAGAACUACCGAAAUACUGGACGGAAGUUUCAGCGGCGACAGAAAUACGAUUCAUCAGUCUCGACACGAACACAUUACGGGCAACAAUCACCUAAACGCCGGAGGACGGAUGACGCCCAUUUUGAACAUGAUAGCCGUUCUUGUUAUUACCAGACUCGCGGUAGCAUAGGCACCGACAUCGUUCGGCUUCGCUGUAGAAAGAACACCGAAAACUUGGAGUAUGCUACAGUGUCUUUGGGGCCGUGAGAGACCUCGAAUACAGUAUAAUCAUUUACUGUGUCCAGAACAUGAGUCAGCUGAUGAAGAAGUGACAAUUUUUCAAACUUGGGACUAGUAGGAAAAAGCUGUGCUAAAGGAGAAGCAACAAGAAGCCCAGAGACAGAGGAACAAGUCCUGUCCUACCUAGCAGCAUUCCAAUUGAAUCGUCUGAAUUUCAUAUCAAUAAGCAUUGUCUCAAUAAAGGCAUAAUCUUAUUAGUCAUCAUCUGAAGAGUGAGUUCAUACAGAUUGUCAGUGAUUUGUCCUAGAACAAGUGGCACAUCUGAAGAGAAACCGUUUGCUGUUUAUAAUAUACUAUCAUCAUCAAAUUAGUGGAUGGUCUUCAUAAAAAUAUACGAAGUCUAAAUUCAGAAUAAGAUUUACUUAUCAUUUAUCAUUCUAGAAUUAUCAAACUUUAAACUGUUAUGAACAACAUCAAGCACUGGAAACUAAAAGAUCAAAUAAAUGAACGCAGUAAACUUAUGGAAAAAUGAUUAGAAUUGAAUUAAUGUUACAGUGAAACUAUUUACAAGUCUCUUUAAAGCACAGCAAUGUUCCCGGCCAUGUUUGCCCAUUCUCAGCUUUGGUUGCCAAUUGAUAUCCGUUGCAUGAGCAGAAGUGGCAGGCAUUUUGACUAACAAUCAGUACCUGACUGUGGUAUUCAUGAACAUGCAAAAGAUUAGUUUUAUCAUGAUAGCUACAAUAAACUUCAUUAUUUAAUUAAUUUUGAAUAUAAUGUAGAUAUGUAACAAGUAGAGUCAAAUUUGUAAACACUUGUUUUUGUGGAUUAAAAAAAAUUCAAAAGCAACAUCAUUCUGAUAGAAUGAAGACUAGAUUUGCCAGAGCUAGAACCCAUAGAAAUGCCAAAGGAAGAGAUAUAUGUGGUCCAUAAUGUCACACAUUCAACAGAAUAUGAUGGUACACUCAGUAUAUCACACUUUCAGAGUGUUGAAUCAUGCAGUUUUAUACUACACAGUAUAAUUAAUAUUAUUCUGAGAUAAUUUUGGAUUCUUUCUUGUAAAAACAACAUAUCUUGCACUUCUCAUUCUAGGAACAAGCCAUUAUUUGGCUUGAGGUUAAUGUUUUCUGAGGUGUGUUGCCAGACAGUCUGGUAGAUGAUUGCCAACAGUCCAUAGGUACACUGCUGCCUCCACCUUUGUGAUAGAGAACUACUUUUCUACCC